AUGUCGCGAAUUAUUAUCAAAAACCUUCCAAGUUACUAUGAAAAAGAACAAUUAUCAAAGUAUUUAAAGUCACAGUCCAAUUUGGGCGUUGAAAUUACAGAUGUCAGUGUCGCAAAGACAAAAGACGGUGUAAGCCGAAGGUUUGCAUUCAUUGGAUUCAAAAAUGAACAGGAUGCAGAGAAGACAGUCCGUUAUUUGGAUCGUUCUUACAUAGACAGCUCACGAGUAGAGGCUCGUGUUGCACUGGACUUUCAAACUGCAAACGAAAAAUUACGGCCAUGGAGUAAGCACUCGGCAAAGACAAAAGAAUUGAAGACUAUAGAGCAGGAGAAACAGGUCCAAAAGCAAAAAGAGUUAGAGGAAAAGGAAAAGGAACGACGUGAAAAGAAAUUAAAAAGAAAGUUUAUUGAUACUCUUCAAGAUGAUAAGGCUCGUACUUUCUUGCAGUUGUCUACUGCUACCAGUAAGUCCCGUACUUGGGAUAAUGAAGAUUAUACUUUUAAUAACAAGCCUUCUGUUGCCGAGACAAAUGAGGAAGACGAGGAAUACCAAGAGCUCCCUUUUGCCAAACGCCAGCAGACAGAUGAAGACGGACAGCCAGUAUCUGAUACCAAUGGUGCCCCCAUGAUAAUUGAUGGACGCCCUCAAAAUAAUUCUGAAGAAACAGAAGGUAAUGAUAAAGUGGAUGCCGAACAUUCUGUUUCCCACGAGAACGGGAAGGAUGCGGUAAACACGGAGCAAAAGCCCCUGUCCGAUGAAGAAUGGCUUCGUCUUCACAGAACUAGAAUUCGUGAGGAUGCUGAAGAAACGCCGACUGCUGAAGACCAAAAUGUCUCUGAGAUUACUACUCCAUCUGAAGCAAAGCCUUUAGAGGAAAAAGCAAAUCCCUCUUUGGAAACCCCUUCUUCCCAUGAAGAAGAGGUUCAACCCGAUGUGUCUGAGUAUGACCAAACCAUUGAAAAAAUUCAAGAAACGAAGCGUUUAUUUUUGAGAAAUCUUACAUAUAGUUGUACCGAAGAAGACAUAAGCGCUCAUUUUCAACGUUUUGGUGCAUUGGAGCAAGUCCAUAUGCCAAUAGAUAAGCGCACAAAUGUUCCCAAGGGUUUUGCAUAUGUAGAGUUUCGCAAUGCAGAAGACGCCGUACAAAGUUUCCAAGAAUUGGACGGAAGACCCUUCCAGGGACGUUUGCUGCACAUCCUUCCCGCUAAAGCUCGUCACAACAUCGUUCAAGAUGAAUUUGCUUUGAGUAAGCUUCCUUUGAAGAAACAGAAGGAAUUGAAGAGAAAGCAAACGGCUGCAAGUAGCACCUUUAGCUGGAAUACAUUGUACAUGAAUAAUGAUGCCGUGGUAACAUCACUGGCUUCUAGGUUGGGCGUUAGAAAAACCGAUAUUUUGGAUCCUACCUCUUCUGAUUCGGCUGUCCGUCAGGCCAUGUCUGAAACUCACAUCAUUCAAGAGACCAAGCGAUUCUUCGAAGAGCAUGGUGUGGAUUUGGACGCAUUUAAAAACAGUGCUCGUUCUGACAAUGUAAUCUUGGCGAAAAACUUUACUUACGGUACUACCGCCGAAGAACUGACCUCCCUCUUUGGUCAAUAUGGUGAACUGGGAAGGGUUUUGAUUCCUCCAGCUGGUACUAUUGCCAUUAUUGAAUUUAUAAAUGCUCCUGAUGCUCGACAAGCGUUUGGCAAGUUGGCUUAUACUAGAAUCAAGAGUUCCAUCUUGUAUUUAGAAAAAGCACCCAAAGAUGUGUUUCAAACGGCUUACAAGAAGAAUCAUGCUCAUGAGCCUGAAGUUUUUGCUGAAACGGGUGCAAUUACCACCGAAUCAGCCAAGGAAUUGGUAUCCGAGGAUGUUGACUCUCUCGAUACUGCCACGCUCUACGUUAAGAAUUUGAAUUUUUCAACAAAACAAUCGGAGUUUCAGAGUAUUUUCAAGCCUUUGGAGGGAUAUCUAUCUGCGGUUAUCCGUGCAAAACCUGAUCAGAAGCGCCCUGGCCAAUUCCUUAGUAUGGGUUUUGGGUUCGUUGAAUUUAAAAAUAAGCAAUGUGCUAUCGCAGCUAUGCAAGCCAUGAACGGUUUUGUCUUGGCGGGGCAUAAACUUGAUAUUAAGUUGUCUCACCAAGGGGCUGAUGCAGCAGCAGAGACGAGGAAGCUGGAUUCUUCCAAACCGAAAGGUACUAAAAUUCUUGUUAAAAAUUUGCCUUUCGAAACUUCCAAGAAAGAUAUCCAGUCCUUAUUUGGUGCUUAUGGACAGUUGCGUUCUGUUCGUGUACCACGGAAACUUGAUAGAAGUGCACGAGGCUUUGCUUUUGCUGAAUUUGUUACUGCUCGUGAAGCUGAAAAUGCCAUGAACGCUUUGAAGCAUACACACUUGCUCGGCCGUCAUCUUGUGUUACAAUACGCUUCUGCUAGUGGCAUGGAUGACUUAAACCAUGCAAUGGACAAAGCUGCCAAGGAAGCUCGUGCAGAAGCUGGCUCUACUCUUGUUACAGGAAAACGUCUCAUCGAGACAGGCGAAGAAGAAUAA